AUGGACAAGGUACCAGAUCGCUUCAAGGGUGUAUGUGAUGGAGGGGUGGACUUCCCAUCUUCCCUAUGUAACAAAAAACUUGUUGGCGUACGAUAUUUCAAUAGUGCAGCACGUAAAGGCGAUCCUUUAUCAGCUCGAGACGAUUUUGGGCAUGGGACUCAUACGGCCUCCACAAUUGCAGGCCGUACGAGUUCCAAAAAUGUCUCCUUCAUUGGGUACGCAGAAGGCCAAGCCACGGGGAUAGCUCCCAUGGCAAGGCUAUCCAUCUACAAGACGUGUUGGACGUUCGGGUGCACUGGGUCGGACGUACUAGCUGCCAUGGAUAAAGCCGUGGAGGACGACGUGGAUGUCAUCUCCCUCUCCUUAGGCCCCGUCGCGUCACGUGAUUACACCACAGACCCUAUUGCAAUAGGCGCAUUUGGUGCAUUUCAAAAGGGGGUGUUUGUCUCAGUUGCAGCUGGAAAUAGUGGACCUUUACCUGGACAAAUUUCGGCUUCCGCCCCGUGGUACAUCUCCGUCGGGGCUAGCACCAUCGAUAGAACAUUCCCUGCUGAUGUCAUCCUUGACAAUGGUGAUGUUCUUUCAGGCAGCUCUCUCUACACAGGGGAUCCACUACCAAAGAAUAAAACAUACCCUUUGGUACAUUUUACAUCUGAUUAUUCUAUGGAACAAUGUAUGCCGGGGUCAUUAGACAGUGUUGACGUAAAGGGUAAAAUCGUAAUUUGCUCACCAGGGCUAAUCAACAAAGUUGAGAAAGGGGUGGUUGUGGGUAAAGCUGGUGGAGUGGGAGUUAUUGUAGCUCUAAAUGAUCCUACAUUAGGCGAAAACGAUACACAAAAAAGCGACCCGUAUACGAUACCCGGAUUAACCAUACCUAUUGGAGCAACUACAAAACUUUUGGAUGAUAUCAGUAAGAAGAAGGUGAAAGAAGGGACCAUUGUGUGUCGAGGGACACAAAUAGGCGAAAAACCGGCUCCGGUGGUUGCCUCGUUUUCGUCUCGAGGACCAAAUAAUGUGUCUAAGUAUGUACUAAAGCCUGACGUGAUCGCGCCAGGGGUUGAUAUACUGGCUGCCUGGCCUGAAGGCGUACCGCCUUCUAGGUUGGAAGAGGACCAAAGGGUUACUCAGUAUAAUAUCGCGUCAGGCACGUCUAUGUCUUGCCCUCAUGUCUCGGGUUUAGCCGCCUUGCUCAAGAGUGCUCACCCUGAUUGGAACCCGGCUAUGAUCAAGUCCGCCUUGAUGACCACGGCGUAUAUUGGUUACCAUGAGAUGAGCAAGAUGGCUCAAAAUCAAGAUCAGGCGUCUUCUUAUUGGGCUACUGGUGCAGGACAUGUGAACCCCGAAAAGGCGAAUGAUCCCGGGCUAGUGUAUGAUAUCAGUGAGGAUGAUUUCAUUCAAAAUCUAUGUGCUUCAGGGUACAAUGCGACUGAAAUGAAGAUCAUUGUGAAAAAAUCAAUUAUCUGCGAUGAAAAAUCGAUGGUUAAGGAGUGGGACUUGAACUACCCUGCCUUGGUUGUGCCAUCUGAUGUUGAAGGUAAAGUGUUUAACAGGACUUUAACAAGUGUGAACGCUACUGCAUCAACGUAUACCGCGAAAGUUUCGAGUCCUGCAGGAUUUAAUGUGACUGUUAAUCCUCCUGAAUUAAGUUUCAAGAAGAUUUGGGAUAAGCAAAGUUUUUCUGUUACAAUUUCGGCAGUGAAAGAUCAAGGAAUCACGCUAAAUGAACAAACUUCUAGUUCAGUCACUUGGACUGAUGGCAAACGUAGUGUAACCAUACCUUUGAUUAUGGUAUGA